AUGAUACACGCCUUGGAUGUCGUUCUUGGUGAAGCAGCAAAGUUCCACAAACCCGGGGAGAAUUUUACUGCGCCUGGAUAUGUAACCACUGCUAACACCAAAAGAUUACUUAAGCAACAUCUUAAAAUCACUGGUGGCAAAGUUGUGACCAGAUUUCCGCCCGAGCCGAAUGGCAAGCACGAUGGCGUAACUUAUUUGAGAUACGAUGAUACUAAUCCUGAAAAGGAGGAAGAGAGGUUCUUCACAGCCAUUAAAGAAAUGGUCGAGUGGCUAGGGUUCAAACCGUACAAAAUCACCUACGCAUCUGACUACUUUGUGGAACUCUAUGAAUUGGCCCUCAAGCUAGUUCGACUGGGUCUUGCCUAUGUUUGUCACCAAAAACCUGAGGAGCUUAAGGGGUUUAAUGUUCUCCCAUCUCCAUGGCGUGACAGACCUAUGGAGGAGUCGCUUCGAUUAUUCGAGGAUAUGCGCAAGGGAAAGAUACAAGAAGGAAUAGCUACCUUGCGAAUGAAAUUUAUUAUGGACGAUGGAAAGCAAGAUCCCGUGGCCUAUCGCAUCAAAAUGACUCCCCAUCAUAGAACAGGGAAUAAAUGGUGCAUCUACCCUACUUAUGACUUCACUCAUUGUUUGUGCGACUCAAUUGAAAAUAUCACUCAUUCUCUAUGCACAAAGGAAUUUCAAAAUAGGCGAUCUGCUUAUUAUUGGCUUUGCAAUGUACUUGGUGUCUAUUGUCCAGUCCAAUGGGAGUAUGGCCGUCUAAACUUUAACUAUACUGUUGUCUCAAAGAGGAAGAUUCUUCGUCUUAUUCAAGAAGGAAUUGUCAGCGAUUGGGACGAUCCUCGUCUAUUUACAUUAACUGCACUUCGGCGUCGCGGGUUUCCCCCAGAGGCUAUCAAUGCUUUUUGCGAGAAGAUUGGUGUCACAACUGCCCAGACAACUUUGGAUCCUAGUACACUUGAAUCUUUCGUUCGUGUCAAGCUCAAUGAGCAAGCACCUCGU